AUGUGUGCAAUUUCAGCCACUUGUGAAGAGGGCAGAGUCCACGUCUGCUAUGCACCUCACCAAACGGCGCCUCAUGCCCGACUCAGCAUGUUGUUGGCCAUGGGCCAGGCAGCGAUUAGACUCCGACCGCCCAGAUGGAAACCUUCCACUUCACGGCUGGCGGCUCAAUUGCAGCCGUCUAUUGUGUCGUCUUCUGUCCACCCGGAUAAUCUGUCAUCAUCAUCGUCAGCAUCAUUGUUCCCACAAGGAGGCCGACACUUAACGGGGUCGAGGAGGAAAGUGAACGACGACAUGAUGAAUGUCAAGGUGGAGUCUGGUUCGGGUCAGGGUUCGGAUCGGAAGUCUCAGAUGGCUGCGCCACAGCCCCACCUUGAGCCCAGAGAGGCCUCCUUGCUGACCGACUUGGACGCUGGAGAGGCAACAAUGAGCUCACGAUCGGAGUAA